AUGGCUACCGAAUCCGUCAUCAGCGUCGAGUACCGCGGCCGCGUCGCCGUCAUUACCAUCGACAAUGCGAGCAAGCUGGGUGCCUUGUCGCAACCGCAGUACUACGAGCUCGCGACCAAGAUGAACGAGGUGGCGGGCCACGAUGAAGUGUUUGUGACCGUGUUAACCGGCACAGGACGCUUCUUUUCCGCAGGCGCGGACGUGUCCAUCUCCCGCGAAGCCCCGGCGGUCCCCUCGGACGCCCACAAGCUCUGGCUCCAGACGUUUGUCGCCUUCAACCUCAACAUCGCGUACACGUUUGCCAACCACCCCAAGGUGCUGGUCGUCGGGCUCAACGGCCCCGUGGUCGGGCUGUCGGCGGCCCUGGUCGGCUGGGCCGACUUUGUGUACUGCACGCCGCACGCAUUCCUGCUCACGCCCUUCUCGUCGCUGGGCCUCGUCGCCGAGGGCGGUGCCUCGCGCGCCCUCGCGUCCCGGCUGGGCCCUGCGCGCGCCAACGAGGCCCUCAUCAUGAGCAAGCGCAUCCCCGCCGACCAGCUGAAGCAGUGCGGCUUCGUCAACGAGAUCUUCGACUUUGGCAAGGCCGACGACGCCAAGUUUCGCGCCAGGGUGCUGGAGGAGGUGGACGAGCGGCUGGGCGACCAUUUGAACGGCGAGAGCUUGGUCGGCAUCAAGAAGCUGUUGAGGAGGCCCGAGUUGGACGUGCAUAAUUCGCAGAAUGUGCACGAGGUUUUUGCCGGCUUGGAUCGCUUUGUGAGGGGCAUUCCGCAGGAGGAGUUUCGCAAGCUGGCGAGUGGCGAGAAGAGACAUAAGCUCUAG